UACUCAGGGAAGGGGGGGUCAGGACAUUGAUUUGAUUCUGUGGAGUCCCUCUGCAUGCACAAUACAUCUAUUCUUUGGGUCCGGUCAGGUGGAUCAACACUGAGAAACACAGUAGUAUGGCUCUGAAUAAUCCCAACCCAGUGGGACCAUGGAAGAUCACAGUGUACGACCAGGAGAACUUCCAGGGGAAGCAUCUGGAGUUUACAUCAGCCUGCCAGAACAUCAUGGAGGGUGGUAUUGACAACGUCCGCUCCUUGAAGGUGGCGUGUGGAGCUUGGGCAGGAUAUGAGCAUUCCAGUUUCUGUGGACAGCAGUUUGUGUUGGAGCGAGGAGAAUAUCCUCACUGGGAGUCAUGGAGUGGCAGCAACGCCUACCACAUUGAGAGGAUGAUGUCCUUCCGCCCCAUCUGCUCUGCUAACCACAAGGAGUCCAAGAUGCUGCUGUUUGAGAAGGAAAACUUCAUGGGACGUCAGUGGGAGAUAAGUGAAGACUACCCUUCUCUGCAGGCCAUGGGCUGGGUCAACAACGAAAUUGGAUCCAUGCAAGUUCAGAGCGGCGCCUGGGUGUGCCACCAGUUUCCAGGUUACCGUGGUUACCAGUACAUCAUAGAGUGUGAUCAUCAUGGUGGCGAGUACAAACACUACAGAGAGUGGGGCUCCCAUGCCCAGUCCUUCCAGGUACAGUCGGUGCGUCGAAUCCAGCAAUGAGACGUGCAGCCUCCUCCCCCAACUACUCACUCUUUACCUCCUCCAUCACCUCCUCUUCCUACCUUCACCCAGUCAUUCCAGCACCUUCUGGUGCUUAACCAUCAAGAUAUUUACAGCACUUUUGUUUUGUUCUGUUAUCAAAUGAUAAUGAAGAGCAUUUAGGAACAUAAUUAGGAAAAGAAAAACGGCCAAUGAAGAAAGGCUGGCAUCCCACUGAGUCAAUGCUUUUCACAUUUGAUGCAAACUGUGAUUAAUAUUGAAGGAAUGGGGAUGUUUAAAUAAACAGAAACACAGUAGUGUGCUGCUGAACUCCAA